CAGCGAAAAGUGAGUUACCUUGUCCAUUGUUAGUCAUCCAUCUAUCCAUUCUGAUUUACUUCUGUCAAUGAUGGCAAUGGCAAAACUUCUCUCCGUCUCCCUCGUGGCACUAGUUGCCAUUGUACAGACUAGCGCCGAACCACAGUGCUACACGUGCAUGGGAUACAACCCGUCUCUUCCUGUUGAUGACACCCAGAACAAUCCAUACUGCGUGUCGGAUUCCUUCAUGGCUUCGGAGGUGCCGAAAGUAAACUCUAAACACGGCGUAUGCAUAGCUGAAACUGGGAAGAACGAUUUUACCGAAAUCACGAUACGAUACGGAGAUGGAGGCUUCCCAAGGCCCCGUAACUACAUGUACCAUAUGGGUUACAUGUGCCAAGGAAACCUGUGCAACAGCCGUCCCACGAACUCAGCAGGGACGCCGUCACUCCUGGUGCCUCUCCUGCUGAUUCCCGCCGUCCUGCCGCGUCUCCUGGCUUGAGAGGAAGGAAGGAAGGGCGAUUCACAGCUGGCCUCUUUAUCUCAUACAUGCUUGUUUUCACAACAAAAAAAAAUGUAAUUUAUGACA